AGGGACCGUUGUUGUGCUCACAAAAUAUAGUCCAUUUUAUCUGUUGUCUAUUUGUUCCUGAUGUACUGUUUCUCUGUUUGUCUGGUGAGAUGAGAUAGUUAACCUUACUACUGUUAUCUACUUCUUCUAAUCGUUAUACUGUCACACCACGUGACACCAUCACCACACGUGACGUCAUCACCACGUAGUUAACCUUACUACUGCUAUCUACAACUUCUAAUCGUUAUACUGUCAUGGCUAAAGUUGCUCCCAGUACAGUAAAGAAGGUCCCUCCUGUUAAAACUACUAAAACUGAGCAUGUCAAGAUGAGGAUACCUAAAAUAAACAGAGUUCACCAGAAACCAGUUAAGACGUGGAUAGAAGAGCAUCUGAAGUGCAGAGAAUGUAAUGUGUUCGUAAAGACACCCGCCAACCAGGAAUCAGAGGAUCCCACGUGUGGUUGCGGGUAUGCAAGGUCAGAGCAUGGAGCCGACACCCCCGCUGACUCCAGUAAAAAGUGGGACUACAACUAUCACACUAAAAUAGUGGACUGCAACUCGUACGGGAGACUGAACUUCGUAGACGAGGACGGAAACCAGCAGCCUCAGUUUGUGAAAGUAGGUGCAGAGUACGAAGACACAGAGAAAGUAAAGACAGUAAUCAAGCUGUUUGAGAGCAGGUGGUCCCUCCCUGCCCCUAAACUCCUCAUAUCAGUUACCGGGGGAGCUAAAGAUUUCCACGUGUUACCAGAUCUACUGUCAGAGUUUAAGAAGGGGCUCAUGAAAGCAGUUAAAAGUACUGAUGCUUGGGUGAUCACUGGGGGCACCAACACGGGAGUUAUGAAGCUGGUGGGUGAAGCUGUGAGAGGUUAUUCAGGGAGUAACAUUACUUCUAUUGGUAUUGCUAGCUGGGGGAUUAUAAAGAACAAGGAGCAGUUACUCAAGCCUACUAAGAGGAAAGAGAAAAAGAAGCUUGUGUUCGAUUACCCCACUAAAGCUAGUCCAGCUGCAUUUGAAGCUUACAUGGACCCUAACCACUCUCACUUCCUCCUCGUGGAUGAUGGUUCCCAGAAGAAGUACGGUACGGAGAUAUCAAUGAGAGGGGCUAUAGAGGCAGCUAUAUGCGAGCACUACCAAGAUAACUACAACAUACCAGAUGGGGACAUGUGCAGACUACCCAUGAUAUGCAUCCUUGUUGAGGGAGGUCCCAACUCCAUCUCUACCUGUGUAGCUACUAUCAGAAACGGUAACCCUGUGUUAGUGCUACAAGGGUCAGGUAGGAGUGCUGAUAUUAUAGCUAAAGCUUACAGUUACUCAACAUGUGCUGUAAUAUACGAGGGAAACAGAGAAACUAAACAGCGUACUCUUCCUGAUGAGUACUGGGACGACGUUAAAAUGGAGAUAAACAAACAUUUCCUGAAUAUGAAGGAGGAGGCUAGAGAGAACAUCUUUAAAGGUCUCCUGGAACUACUAAAGUACGACAAUCUGCUAACAGUGUACCGACUACAAGGAGACAAGAACAAUGACUUUGAUAACGCUAUCCUGAUAGCCAUGAUCCGGUCAGUGUCCGACCACAGAGCUAAGAUGUCUCAGAUGAUGCUCGCUAUCACGUGGGACAGGUUACAGAUAGCAAAAGACAUGAUUCUAACUCGGCACUCGUACCAAGACCACGAGUUAGAACAGUUCCUGAGAGUGGCUAUUAUUCAGAAUAGGACUGGGUUCGUUAAGAAACUGUUGGACACAGAGGCUGACAUGAAACAUUACCUCACUUACAAAGAACUACAGAGUCUAUACAAUACAAUGGACUUGAAGGUUCAGACUAUAGGUAAAGUACUGUUAACUCGAGCAGAAACCAAACACGACGGAGUAAUUACCUUACAACUCAUUGGCAGCUUCCUGGAAGAGAUCAUUGAGGGCUUCUACAGGAGCCCAUGGGCUAAGGCAGAGUUUGACUACGAGUCAAUAUGUGACGAAGUUAUAGACUGUCCGUACGACAUAAUGGUCGUGUUUGCUUGUAUAAUGCAGUUCCACGACAUGGCUCUCUUAUUCUGGGGGAGGUGUAAAGAGCCGAUAGUUACCGGACUUAUCGCUGCUAAGAUCAACUGGCACCUGUCAGAGUUUGAGUCCAACAAGUUAGCGUGUGAUGAAGAUAACGCUGAGAUGCUCUCUAAACAAGGCUUCCAGUUCGAACUGAUGGCUUGUAGCGUCAUGUCCGAGUGUUACCGGAGGUUUGACAGGAAGGAUUGGACUAAAAUACUCACAGCUCCAAGACCGAUGGUUAACAAGAUGAACCUCAUACAGCUAGCUAAGAAUAUUAGUGCUGACAACUUUAUAGCAGAGAGUCCGAUACAGAGUUACUUGAACCACACCUGGAUGGGACAGAUACACCACAGCACGAGUAUGUUGAAGAUAUUGCUGUGUUUCAUACCCCCUCUCUUCUUGUUACUGAGGUACAAUAAACGGACCAUGACAUCAGAGGAGAAACAAGCUUGGGAAACAGUGCAACAGAGGAAGAUGAUGAAUAAAGGUGGAGGUAUAAAGUCACUAAUAAUACAGACUGAACUAAAUAGAGGUGAGGAUACGGAAGAAAUGGACAAUUUGUCCCUAGUUCCAGCUCCUAAUAGAAGGAAGGUGUACUGGAACGAGGCAGUUAUAGCUUACUACACUUCUCCUGCUACCAAGUUUACUUUACACUUCAUCACAUAUUUCGUGUUUCUGGCGUUCUACGGGUACACAUUGUUAGUUAGGCCCGUAAAACAGGGGUUGGUAUCGAACAGGUGUAAUAUUACUUACUACGAUAUCAUCCUGUGUCUUUGGAUACUCGGCCAAAUCCCUUCAGAGUGGCAUCAGCUGAUGCAACAAAACCCAGUUACUCUAGGUGAGAAACUGAGAGUUCACUUUAGAGACGUGUUCAAUGUGUUGGACAUAGUUGGAAUAGCAACCUAUCUAGCUUCAUUCAUACUCAAGUCGGUGGCUAACAGGAAGGAUGAUCUGCCAGUAACUGGUGACCUGACGCUCCACAACGUGGCUCACAUCGUCAGCAUCAUCGCUUUCUUGCUACUCGGGUUGAGAAUAAUUCAGGUAUUGGAGGUGAGCAUGAAGACUGGACCUAAGAUCAUUAUGAUAGGGAAGAUGAUGGUGGACUUUGUUCUCUUCCUCUUCUUAAUCGCCAUCUUCCUCAUCACAUACGGCAUCUGCUCUCAGGCACUUCAAGCUCCUAAUGAUGAUGUGUUGACCGGGUUCAGGUUAUACAAUGUAAUACUGCUACCUGCCCUAAACGUGUUUGGGGAGAUCGGACUGGAGGACAUGCAGGCCAGUCUUAUUGAUGGACACUGUACACAAGAUGACGGGUGUGAGGAUGUAGGUAUCGGAGAGUUUCUGGAGCAUGACAGUAUCGCCUCUACACAUUACUACUUCCUGCAGCUCCUCAUGUUCUGCUAUCUCCUCUUUGUUAACGUGCUUCUUCUCAACCUACUCAUUGCUAUCUUCUCUAGCACAUAUGAGACGGUAGAGUCGGAGGCAGCUAAGAUCUGGAAAGUACAGUGGUGCGCGGUGGUAGUUGAGUUUAAACACAAGCAACCUCUACCAAACCCUUUCUCCCUGAUUUGGUACAUGAUAUUCAGUGUGAGAUGGGUGGUUACUCAGCUACAGUGUAAAGUUUGUGCUCCUUGUAUCCAGGAGGAAGAAGCGGCUCCCGAUAUUGACUUCUACGAGCUGCACAUGAAGGUGUCAGAAGCGAGAGAGAACUACACCCAACAGAAAGACGAGGAGGAUGAGGAGGGGGACAUUAGGAGGAGUCUCAAGUUCAUCAAGGAUAAGUUGAUGAUCAGUCAGCUGAACACAGCUCAGGCUGAUCUGAGCAUGAUGAGGUCCAUGUCAGUGGACCAAUCAGAGGCCCAGAUAAGAGAUAUAAAACACCACUCAAUCCACAGAGACUCCAGGAAGUCUCCCUACAUUGGUACUGAUAUACAGAGGAGUCUAUUAGCUGACCGGAACGUGGCGUGGGAGGUAGCCUUCCCUUACAACCCACCUGACUUCACCGAGCCUGACGUUCUGAAGAAUGUGGACAAGUUCUCUGUGGACCCCAGCAACAGUAACAAUAUAAUCGGAGCAUUUAACCAGAUAAUAGAUAUAGACGGAGAUAAGGUGGACCGAGUUAGUUUCUGUGGUAACUACCAGAUAGUGGAAGGAGUGCCGCUGAACCCGCGGGGCAGGACAGGAAUCAGUGGUAGGGGGCAACUCAAUAGGUGGGGACCUAACCAUUCAGCCGAGCCGAUAGUUACAAGGUGGGCUAGGGACAUUCACAACGAGGAGAUUAAACUGAACGGGCAUCCCGUGAUGGAGUUCGUGGGGGUAUUUCUAAAGGAGUCCCGGAAAUGGGCUUUACCUGGGGGCUUUAUAAGGCAUGGUGAGAUGUUAACUACAGCACUGAAGAGGGAGUUUAGUGAGGACGCUCUGGGAGGUAUGGACAUGGAAUCGGAGGAGAGGGAACAUGUCCGACUCAUGCUCAAGGAGCAUCUCUCUUUAGGAAUAGCAGUAUACAAAGGUUACGUAGACGACCCCAGGAACACAGAUAACGCCUGGGUUGAGAGUCACGCUAUAAACUAUCACGACGGACUCGGCACCUCCUUCUCCAAGUUCCCUCUAAGAGCCAGCGUUGAAGGGGAGUCACUGCACGCGGAGUGGAUUACAUUAGACAGGAACAUUGACUUGUACGGGAACCACGAGUGGAUCCUGGAGAAAGUGUGUUUCCACCGGCACGCUUACAACCCUUUCUCUACCUCGGCUAAGAAGCAGCUCCCUGUCGUGGCGACCUGAGUUUCACCUGCUUUUAGUUAGGAUCUACAGCUCUGCAGCGUUUUGUUGAACCAGGGUUUUAUUGAAGAAGACCUAGUCUAGAUGAUAAUUGGGGCUGAUGACGAAAUCUGGCCUAUUUAAUUGCCGUGGACAUUGUAACUGUUGUUGGAGAGCAUCACUGCUAAAGUGAACGAAAUGAAUCCAGGGCCAGGGUAAAUUAAAAGAACCCCCCACCUGCACCCACUGAAAUUUUGUCCACUUCUUUAUCUACCAAAACAUGUUGCCAACUCACGCUGGACGCCUGGCCUCAUUUGUGCCAUUAUUGGGAAAUCUGACGACAUUUUUUACCUUAUUUAUAUAUUAUAUGAUAUCUGCUCUGUUUACCAAUCUAUUUCUUUAGUUAGGUUUAUUGCUUAUAGAAAAAGUAUUUAUAUUGUGUUUUUCUAACCAUUAAUAAUGCUAGUUUUUGUUAAUUUUGUAUCAUGUUCGACUUUUGGAAUCA